AUGCAACAUCCAUUGGCCGAUGCUCACCCCGCCGGUGUCGAGGGAGAAAUCUUCCCCGGACAGGACUUCAACAACAACAGAAUCAUGGACUUCCAGGACGUCCAAGAUUGGAAGAGCAACGAAUUGAGCAAGGCCGACUAUGGGCGCAUGCCAUGGCAUGAUGUGGCCAUGGGCGUCAUCGGACCUUGCGUUUAUGAUAUCGCCGAGCAUUUCCAGUUGCGUUGGAACUUUGUCAAGCGUGACAAGUACAAGCGUGAUGAACGUUUCGACUGGCUUACUCUCGAGGGCCGCGAAGGCGAAGAUGAGGAUCUGAUUGCAGUCCAAAGGCCUAAGCAUCCUGUUGGAGAGUACAUUCACCACCCAAUCUCGCCCAUGAACGUCAAGACGGGUAGACCGGACCCCAGUAAUGUCCAAGGUAGUGUUCACGCUCAGAUUGUGCGAAGCAGUGCCGAUUGGUCAAGUGGUAUUUUGACCGAGCACAGCAUCCAGAAUGCGUACUGUGAGAUUAUUCGAAACGCUCAGCACCUCGUUUACAUUGAGAACCAGUUCUUCAUCACUUCAACUGGCGAAGAACAGGCACCCAUCCACAACCAAAUUGGUAAGGCCAUUGUCGAUGCUUGCGUUAGAGCGGGCAAGGAGGGCCGCAAGUUCAGAGUCAUCAUCGUUAUUCCGGCUAUUCCUGGAUUUGCUGGUGACCUGAGAGACAACGCCGCUGCUGGAACCAGGUAUGUCGAAUUGGUAUACCAUUUCUGA